UUUGUCUAAUGCCACGCAAUGCGGCGGUGGCAAUCCUGAUGACAAAUGCAGUUAUAUUUGCGUGGAUAUUGGUACUCGACUAAAAGAUAGCUCAUGCAUAUAUCUGCCGGAGGAUAAAACGUUUGUAAGAGCAAAACACCUUGUGGUCAAAGCACCUCAUAAAUUCCCUUUUCAACCAUUUCUCUAUCCUGUCCCUGGCGAUUUUGGAGAAUUACAACAUUUUCUCAAAAGGCUUGGCGCAACCGAAAGACCAAUACCGUUGCAGAUUGCAUACUUUUUGAAAUCCAUUCACGAACAGAUCGGAGAAGAGAUGCUAUCGUGUGAAGACGAGAAAAAAGUCAAGUAUGCGAUGCGUAUAAUAUUUCAUUUGCUACACAAAGGCGGAAGUGCCUUAGGAAUCGAUGAACUGUAUUUACCAAGUCAAGGUAAACUACUGGUCAAAUCCAGCGAGAUGGUUUGCAAUGUUUCACCACGUUUUGCCGAGGUGAUCAAGAAACUUCGACGUCCAAUUCUUGUGCGAUUUGAGGAGUGUGGCUUGAAGAAAGCGGCUGAUGGUUAUAUUGAUGCUCUACCGGAGAGUUUAACUCCCCUGAAGUUCGACGAGAUACUGCGAGAAGAAGUCGCGCCUGACUGCAAACGUUCUAUCUGUCCCGAGGCUCAUGAUGGUUCUGUAUGCAAAUUUCAAGAACAAUUUCAGAAUUUGUUGAAAUCGGACGAAUUCCAAGCGGGGAUAAAACGACUUCUAAUGCACGAUCGAAAGAAUCCUCAAGAGUAUGAGAAAAAGAUUAAGAAAUUACGGGCAGACGUUAGGACAAAGUGCGCAGGAUUCGAAACUAUAAAAAUCCAUAUCAUCCAUCGUGAUUCAAAUGAAGUCUUGGACAGCUUGGAGGAUAUUUGCUAUGCAGUACAGGAAAAAGACGCAUGGACAUUGUAUAUGCAACACGAAUUUAAAGAUGACAGAAGAUUGCUUUCAGCUGCUUCUUGUGUCAACAAGAUUCUAGGAGAUUGUAUAAAAAAGGAGAUGGGUAUUAUAGCAAUGCUUAGCUGUUCAUUACCAUGUGAAAUUUCAAGUGAGUUAGAUAAACUUGAUAUUACUUACAGUAGUUCCAAAGGUGCUGAUAACUUCGAUGACUCGGAUGAGGAAAUCCUUUCCGAUUUGGAGAUUGAUUGUGAGGAUGGAGACGGAAACUAUGACUCGAAGCGAGGUAAUCGUCGUCGUGGCAAGGGUGGCGGUGGUAGACAUUCAGGGAAAGGUGAUGAUUAUCAGGAAGAAGAUGAUAAUUUUUUCCUAAGAGCAACGAGGAAGCGACGCGUUGGUUACGACAAUCCAAAAAUGAUCUGGACGGCGCGAAGUGGUUGCUGCAAUCAGGUCCACCUUUUAGUGCCCAUGCCUGUUUUCAUUGUCAUCAGGUGGUGGAGAAAUGUCUUAAAGCGAUGUUAUUUAACCGCUGUGGAGUGUCAGGAGGACUACUUGCAUCUCACGAGAUCGGGAAUUUAG